UUUUAGCAUAGUGGGGGUGGUGAGGUAGUGCAGAAACACUAAUAUAGAAUGCGCGCCACAUGGUGAUAGUACCUGACAGUGUCCUUUACACUGGCGCGCCCAGUGCUAUGGAAAUCACUAUUGUACAGAAUUCAGUACAACUGGAGUACCAUGGCUAUCAAGGUGAUACCAAGGAAACUGACGCCAGCAAAGGCGCCUCUGAACAGCAAGUCAAGGAACACCUCAAUGGACUCUUCUCACUAGUACAGGGACUGGGUGGUACCGCUGUAGUACGGACCUAUAUAGACCAGUUGGCACAGGUACUCAGUGCACUCGUUGGGUGGAGUAGGAUAGAGAAGUGCACUGGCAAUGGUGGCUGCAAUGGUACUAGUGGUACUAGUGGCGAUAGCAAUCCGCACGGCCAAAGUGGCGGCAGUGGCAAGUGCGAGUAUCUAGAUGAUGUAGAGCAAAGCAACAAGUGUGCUGAUUGUGAAUGUAUGAAAUGGAAGGUGCCCGAUGCGGGUGAUCACACUAAGGGACACCACCUGGGCAGGGGGUGUACAAAGUGUAAGGGUAGUGGCACUGAAGAAGAUGCGAAGAAGCAGUGUCAGUGCAGUACUGGUGGUGGUGGUGGUGGCUGUCAGGGAGGUCCUGGGAAAGAGUGUGAAUGCGCUAAAGAAGGCAAAUGCUGCAAGUGUUGUUGUACAGGUUGUACUGGGAAGUGUAAUGAAAAGGCAAAGUGUAGUUGUGUCAAAGAGGAGGAAAUCAUUUGUCGUGAUAACUAUAGCGCAAAACGCUAUAUAUCAGCAUAUGUAGGAUCACUAAGGAGCUGGGUUGAUGGUGGCGGACUGUACGAACAUAAACCAAAAUGGAACGAACUGAUUACAACUGGAGGCACUACCAGUGGAACUGAGAUAAAGGAUGGUUUGACCCCCUCCCAACGCCGUCACCAAUGUGCCCAGACAUUACUAGGCUCAGUAUGUCUCAUCUGGAGUGGUAUUACUUAUAUGUAUUGGACAGGCAAGUAUGAAAAAACCAGCCCCCGGUGGAACAACCAUAUCCUGGAUGGUAGUGGUCUAGAUGACGGUACACUGUCCCAAUGGUUACAGGCCUUAGGGUUUCCUAGGGAGAUGUUGAAUAACCAUGGUCCUGGAAAUAGGUUGGAUGCUAUUAUAUGGGAUGGACUUAGUGAUAAGUUGCUUCUAGGGUUUGCAGUGCCUAGUGGCCUUAUAGGCAGUGGUGUUGCCAAUGACUAUAAUGGUAAUACAGCAAGGAAUCCAUUCGCUAUGAACUAUGCCGGUUUUGUGCAUACUGCACAUAGGGAUUCAUUCAAUGAACAAGCUAUUGUCUUCAAUAAUGGUGAAGGCUCUAGUACUAGUGACAUUGACCAGCACAAACGAGGUGCCCUCUUCAAGCUUUACAUUCUAUCAUGUGCCUAUUUUACUGGAUUGCAGAAAAGGAAUAGUGAGAGCACUACAAGGACUCCUAAGACCAUCCGUGAGAUCCUAUACUGGCUCAGUGCAUUGCCAUAUAGUCAGGCUUAUAAGGAGAUGCUAGAGUAUUCUAAGGGAAGACUCACAGUAGUACUCAAGACACCUAAUGAGGCCACAUCAACCAACGAGCAGCCACAACUCAUGUUCUACCAAGACAAACGCCCCCAUCCCAUUACAGUUGAUGAAUACAACCUAUUUGCCCACUUCCAAGCGGUGACUCAGUAUUGCCCCCUGGUCCUCAUCGGUAUCCAGGGUGGGCUCAAGAGCACUGACAAAACACUAGAACCAGCCAUUCACUCCCUCUAUGCCAAUACUACUUGCCACUUCACCUACCCAGCAGUUGAUAUACAAGCAUACAACCAGGUGGUACACUACAUUAGGGCUCUGUUCUAUCAACUAUACUUCCUUAGGAAGCAAUGUGCUGUGAAAGUCACUUGUGGAGGCAAAUGGCGUGAGUGUAGGUAUGGAAAUGGGGUACUUGGGAAGGAUGUAGUUAGCUGGAUGUGCCUGGGGUGUGACCCCAUGGAACAUGAUAGGAAUUAUAGGGUGGAGAAUAUGAAGAAGAUAUUGGAUGAACUAGUCGAGAAGGUAAAGGCAUUGGAAGGUGAGAAAGAUGACGAGGAAGAAGAAGGGAUUGCAGAGAAGGUAAAGGCACUACUGGAGAAGAUUGGUGAAGUGGUGGUACAGUUGGGUAAUGCCCAGGAGGCAUUGGAAGGGAAGGAUAAGGGGGCGAUAGAGGGGGUGAAGAGAGAACUGGAGAAGGCUAAGGAGGAACUAGUGGAGGCAGUGAAGCAGGUGAAGGAUGCGGUGGAGAAUUGUGGGCUGGAGGAGGCUAAGAAUAAACUAGAGGAGCUGACGGGGAAUGGUGGUCUGGAUAAGGCUAAUAGUGGUGAAUAUGAUCCUGGUAAGAACAAGAUAAGUGCCGCUAUCGAUGGAGUAUGCAAGGCAUUGGAGGCAUUGAAGAAGGAAAUGGAGAAACAGUUGAAAGAAGUUCUGGAGAAGGAACAAUCAGAUAUGGAUGACAUCACAAAAUGGUUUAUUCGAGAAAAGACUUUUUACAAAGCCGUCAAAGAACUCAUCUCCAUCUGCAACUCUCCCAAGUGCAGUGCAUGUGAGUCACACUCUACCAAAUGUGGCAAACCACCAACACCCAGCUUCUGUCAGACCUGUCUCCAACCAACCACCACUGGUGUCCCCUCCCCCCUCCAGGCAUUCCUCGAGGAUCGGUUACCAGGGUUUAGUUGUGAGGUAGUACGAAACACUGACACUGACCAGCCGUACCCACCUGCUGCAUCCCACUUGGGACACUGUAAUGGAUCUGGUCAGUGCUGCCCAUUGCCAAUGGGUUUUAGAGGGCACUUCCACGGCGGCAUCCGUGAUUGUACCGGCCAACGCCUUUAUGGUCUACUGUACUUCUUUAGUAACGAGAACAUGAUGCAGUCUUGUGUUUAUACACUAGUGAGGGUCACAGCAGCUCUCAGUGCUACGACACCACAGGUGUUGGGUGAUGUCUUUGGGUUCUUUAGAGGGGGUAUAGGAGAGAAGGAAAGUGGAAAGACCAAGAAUGGACAGACAAACAAGGCGUGCGAGCACACCAAGGACCCAUCUACGAAAGGAGCUGAUGACUACUUUUGCGGCUGGUGCGCUUCUGGGUUACGGGAUGAAGUAAAGAAGAUAGAGUGGAUACCAAAGGGGGAUGACAGUGUUAAAGGAGGGAAGUACAGAGGGAGUGUCGGUACAGCCCUGAUAGAGAUUAAGGGAGACAAGGGUAGUGUGAGUGCUCCACAGUCCACUAAUACAUCCCUAUCACGACUCACUAAGAACUGCCAGUACCUCUCCCCCCUAACCGGUGAACUCUAUACAGCAGUGAGUGCCACUUUCGGCGGAACAUACCUCUCAUGGGUACUGUAUCUAUCAGAUGCACUUCAAGGGGGACUAGAGUCACUCUCUGAGGCAUUCCAACAGAUUGAAUGCCGGGGCUGUAAGGGAAACUGUGAUCCCAAUAAGUGCAGGAAGGGAAGUCAUGGAAGCACUGCAGAGGGCUCUAAGGGCACAGCACUCUGCACGUGUCAAUCAAUCGUAUCAUGUACCGGGGUACUACCCGUAUUGUAUAGACAUGGAUUCAGCUACGGUAACCCAUUCAAUCUGGAGGGGUACCAACAGAAGGAUGGGAAGACAGAGGGGGAUUAUAGUAUUCAAAAGAAGGAUGACAAGAAGCAAUGUCAUCAAUUCCUAGAGAGUCUCAGUGCAGUGAUCAAGAACAAGCAGGACCAGGCCACCUCUCAGGAACAUCCAUUGACAGAACUCCUCACCCAGGUCGGCCAACUGCAAUACGACAUACGCCUCCCCUGGAUCUUUGUCCUCACGUUAGCCUGGCUAGUAGCAGUACUCUACCUUGCCUUUGGAGCCAUAUGGCCACUGGACUGGACACAUAUGAGGUCGCAUUGGUUACGGGGUGGAGCACACCAGUGGCAAUGUAUGUGGGAUAAGGUGAUGACGGGACGUAAAGGAAUGGAACUGGUGGAGUAUUUUGGUAAGACAUAGUGGCGCCUUAGGCGCAACAGUGCUAUAAGGUGGUAGUUAGUAUCGGGGGUAGUAAUGUGGAGCAGUCUA